UAAGCCGCUCAAAGCCCUCGUAGGGGUUUUCGCCCGCUUCCACGGGGAGGAAUGGGGCAGCUCCAUCUCCUCUCGCUGAGCCCUGUGUCCGCGGUCGGACUCCUUGGAGCCCGCCGGACCUCCGUGCUGGGCGCAUGGCGCACUUCCACUGCGCCGGCGGCAGCCACCUCCGUCGCCGCCUCCUUCGAUACUCUCGGGCGGCAGAGCUUCUCCUCUCACCGGAAGACGGCUCCUUUCGUCGCCCGGCGCGGCCAUUUCUUUUGUAAAAUGGGAAAACCAGAUAUUACAUCAGAGUUGGAGCUUGCAAGACCUGAAGAAAAGAGGGAACCAGACAAACGUGUGAAUGGAAUAUUCUGGAUCCUACUUCUUAACCUUGGCAUUUAUGUGGCAGAUCACUUGUUUCGGCUCCAGAAAGUCAAAACACUAUAUUUGUACCAUGGCUGGCCUUCUUGGUACCAGUUCGUGACUGCUACUUUCUGCCAUGCUAACUGGCAACAUCUCUCCAGCAACUUAUUCUUCUUAUACAUAUUUGGAAAGCUUGUUGAAGAGGAGGAAGGGAAUCUUGCAUUGUGGAUCUCUUACAUCUUGACGGGUGCUGGGGCAAACCUCAUUUCAUGGUUAGUUCUUCCAAGAUCCGCUGUAUCGGUAGGAGCCUCUGGAGCUGUCUUUGGACUCUUUGCAAUAAGUGUACUUGUGAAGAUAUCCUGGGACUGGAGGAAGAUUAUUGAGGUUCUUGUCCUCGGUCAAUUCGUUAUUGAUAAGGUUUUGGAAGCUUCAACAGGGUUGACUGAUACUUGGGGCACAGGCUAUGCUUUCCCGACAGUUAAUCAUAUUGCUCAUCUCUCUGGUGCUUUAAUUGGUGCUGCUUUAAUACUGCUCGUCAGGCAUAUUACUUCUCAACCUUCUGGCCAAGACAUCGAGAGAGAUAAAAGAACUUGAUUAUGAAUCAAUAUUGUCCAAUAUGUUUACAUAUUCAAUGGAACUUUUAGUUUGUUGUGAUUAAUGUAUGGCUUAUUUGAUCA